AUGGAUGAAGUUUUAUCAUAGAUAUCAAAUUAAGUUUAUGAAUUUGAUACUUUGGGAUUAGUCUAACAAUACAUAUUUCAAUUAUCAGAGAAUUUUAAAGAAAAUCAUAAUGCUUAAGUAGACAUUUAGUAAUUUGUAAUAUUUUUCAUUAAUAAAACUGAUGAAUAAGGAAUUGAAGGAUUAAUACUAAUCUCAAAACUUAUAGAAUUAUAUUAAGAUAUAUUGUCUUAAUAAAAUGAAAAAGUACUUAAAUUAAAACAUAUAACUGAUUAUUUAAUAAGUAGUCAAGAAAUUUGUAGUGAAUAUUUUAAUGCUAAAUUUCUACCUUCAUAAAAUAAUAAAAUUUAACUUACUCGUCAUAAUUUAACUGAUAUAGAAAUUUAACCUCCUGAAAUCUUAGGCUUAAAUCCUAGUAUGCUUAGAAGAUUGUAAACAUAACUCAAAAUUGAAAAUAUUCAUAUGAAUAAUCAAAUUAUUUAUGCAAUAAAAGGAGAUAAUGAUAUUUUCUUAAUUCUUUAAUUUUGUGAAAGUGUUUGUAUGUUACAUGAAUUUCAAUUUAAAAAAAUGUUAUAACCAAGAAAUAUGAUAGAUGGAAAUUUUGUACUCUAUGGUUAUUAUUCAACUAAAUAAUAAAGAUUAGGAGUAGUAUUAAGAAAUAACACAUUGAUAUUCUGGGAUAAAAGAGAUAAUUAUUCAUAUGAUUAUUAAAUAGAAACAUAAUUAGAAUUAAAACUUAUUUCAUAUAUAGAAAUUUAAGAUUUAUGGAUAAGUUCAACAAAUAAUUGUUUAUAAAUAUGGAAUCUUGAAUAAGGAAAAUAUUAAAAUUUAUAAAAUCAAGUAUUUUCUGAUGGUAUUAUCUAAUUAUUAGAAGUUAUACAUUUAUAAAUGUUAUUAGUAGCCUCAAAUCCAAAUAUAAUUAGUUGUUGGGAUAUGUUUGAAUAGAAGUUUUUAUUUAAAUUUUAAGUAUUGCAUUAAAUACUUUAUCAAAUUGUUUGUAGUAGAUAAUUCUAAUUGAUUUUUACAAUUGGUUUUAACAAUUAUAUAUCCUGUUAUGAAUUACAUGCUUAAUAUAACGAUUAUAAUUUAAAAUGCUAAUUUUUAGGUCAUUCUUCAACAGUUUAAUGUAUUGAAUAUAUAGAAUAAACUGCAUUAUUGAUUUCUAUUGAUACUAAAAAUGUGAUUAUAUUAUGGGAUAUACGUUCAUAAUAAUAGACUCAAAUAGUACAUUUAUAAACUAGAAUUCUUACUAAGUAAUUAAAGUUUUAUUGUAAUAAAUUAUGUCUAAUUGCUAAUAUGUUAUAAACUUUGAGUUUUGAAAAAUAAUUGCAUCUAAAUAAAUAAAUUAAAUUAUUAUAAGUAAUUUAUGAUUAAUGGAAUAAAAGAAAUAUUAUAAUAACUAAGGCAGAUAUUCGUAUUUAAGAUAUAAUAACUGGAAAGAUAUAAUAUAUUUUAAGUGACUUUUAAAAUGAGAUCUCAGCAUCAUGUCUUAUUGAACAUGGAUACUCAAUUAUAAUUGGAACUAUAGAAGGUGAUUUAUAUAAGAUUUCACUUAAGCAUGGUUAAAUCUUAGAAAAAUGGGAAUCAUUUUAUUAAGAUGAGAUUAUAUCUAUUUAAUAUGAUGAAACAUACAAAAUUUUACAUAUUGUUUCUAUAUAAGGAAUUUUAAAAUGUUUACCUUUAACUCAAUUAAAUGUUUGUAAAGAUAAUAUUUAUAAAGAUAAAUGGGCUAUACGUCAACUUUCAGUGAAUAUUUGUAUUAAUAUAUGUCAACUCUCAAUUUUAUAAGGUUUAUUAGCUGUAAGUUAUGAAGAUUUCAUUUAAAUUUGGAAUUUGGAAUAUUAUUGUGUAUCAAUAUAAAUAUAAUUAGAAGAUAAUGCUAUUGUUACUUCUAUGAUAUUUUGUGAUUCUCUUCCACUUUUAAUUAUAGGAACUAAUUAAGCUGAUAUUUUUAUAUUUUAAUUAGUUUAAAAGAAUGAUAAAUUGUAUUGCACUUUAGAAGGUCAUUUAAAUAUUGUAAAAGCUGUUUUAAUUUAAAAAUUAAAAAGUGUAUAUCCAGAUCGUAUAAGUAUUAUGAAUAAUUUGUUUUCAAAAACAUCAUUAGAAUUAAUUGAAUUAUAUGAUGAAGGGGAUGAACAAAUUGAAGUUAAACAUCUUUUUAAUAAUAAAUAUAAGUUAAUGACUCAUGGAUCUUUUGCAUCUAGCUUAUUAGUACAAUAUCAUUAAGAAGAACUUAAAUUAUACAUUGCUACAAAUAGAGGAUCAGCCUUAGUAUUUAAUAUUACUGAAUUACUUAAUAAGAAAGUAAUCAUUCAUAUAUAUUAUUUAGAAUAUAGUCAAGAAACUUGAUUAAAUUAAUCAGAGACCUAAUUAUAAUCCUUAUAGAGUUGUUUACAAUAAUUUGUAAGGAAAUUUUAUUGAUAAUUAUUAAAUAGUUUAGAAUCGUUUAAUUAAAGAUUAAGUUAAAAAGAGAGAAUCUAAAUUUGAAUAGAGUAAUAAAAUUAAAUAAAAGUUCAGAAAUUCUUUAAUUAGAUAUAGUAUUCUAAAAGGAUUGAAAGAUAAUCCUGAAUUAGAUAUUACACAUACCUUAAAGGAAUCUAUUUUUUCAUUUGAUGAAUAACUUGAGACUGCUGAUUAAAUUCACAAUGAUAUGAUUAUUUAAUUAAACUUCCUUUAUAUUGAUCCAUAUGAAAUAUUGUUCCAUAAAAAAACUUAACUUUUGAUAUCUGGAUGCAUAGAUGAUACUGUAAAAGUAUUCACAACAGAUUUUAUUUAAAUUUGUUAAUUUUCAAUUCAUAAUCCUAUCCCUUAUUAAUGGUAAUCAUUAUUAAAUGAGAAAAAUAAAUUAAAAGCUACAAUAUUGGUUUCUUUAGAAUUACUUUAAUAGAUUUUACCUUAAUUAAGUUUAGAAAAAAGAAAAGCAUAUGAUAUAGAGAAUAUGUUAAGAUAAAAUUCAAUAAAACAUAUAAACAAAAACUCUAAAUAAUCUAAGAUUUUGAAAAAAAAAGAGACUAUUGGAAAUUAAUAGAUUAUAUUAAAAGAUUCUUUCUUAAAUAAACGAAAAAUCAGUUUAUGCAAUAAUAUGAAAAUGCCUUAAAUAUCUAAUUAAUUACCACCAUCCUUACGGUAUUAUGAUGAAAAAAUUAAAUAAAGUAAAUAUCAAUAAGAAAUUCAUGAAUAAGAUUUAAAAAUUCAAUAAAAUCAACAAAAAAGAACAUAAGGACUUUAAAUUGAAUUGUAAAGAUAAUAAAAAAAAGAAAUAUUAGAUUAUUUAACACCUGAGUCAAAUGGGAAUCAAAAAUUCUUUGAAGAUUUUUCAAUUUAAGCUUUAAGUGCUAGAUUAAAGACAGAAUCAAGAACUCAUUAGAGUAAAAUAACUAAAACAACUAAUGAUACAAAAAGGACUUUUACUAGAUAGAGUUUAGAUUUUUUUGAUUAUGCUGAAAAGAAAGAUAUGCUAAUAACUAGAAGUAAGAUAUCUUAGUCUCGAUUUUAAACAAGAAGAUAACAUAAUGAUUUUCAUAAGAUUUUGA